ACUGCCAUUAUCCCUGGCACGCAAUCGAUAACGUAUGCAAUCGGCUCAGCCCUGGUUCGUUUAUCGUAGGUUCUGUCAGCGCAUUUACUUUGAUUAAUUCGAAGUUUGCGAAUUCAGAGAAGUGAAGGAACUUGAACUGCUUAGUCAUGGAUAACCCACCCAAUCCCAACAUGUUGUACGCCGAGGAUAGCCUGGAUCAGGCUACCGACAACAUAGAAGAAUCAAACGAGGAGCAAAAGGACCCGGAGGAGAAGAUUUCGGUACUUAAAAUGCGGAUGAAGCAGGUGACUGAAAAGCUCGAUGAGAAUUUGGCCAAACAGGAGGCGGUACAGGCGAAACUGCGCAAAGUGCUGGAGAAGAUGAAGGAUUGUAAAGAUUUUGAGGAGGGUCAAUAAUUAAUGUACUGGAGGCGUGCUUUUGGCGUUAAUUUUGAUUUCAUUUAUAAAUACAUAUGUAAAAUAUAGGUAUCACACGCUU